AUGUCCAAUUAUCCGCCAGAGAAGCAGCAAGGCCCCUAUGCCAACAUUCCACAGGAAGGUCAAGGCUAUAACAGUAAUUACGGCCCACCACCUCCAGAUAUGAAGACAGGACAGAAUUUUACGGGGGCACCCUAUUAUGGCGCACCAGUACCCAUGGGCGACGGUGGCGCAACAAGUGCCAGUGCUGGACCAGGGCAUUUCUCUGGUGUUCAACCUGGACCACCUACAGAGUUUGUAGACCCAACAGUCCCACGUCCAAAUGACAUCUUGCCUUUGCAUCCAGCGAUUAUCCAACAGCGACAGAUUGCAGCAUCAUUGCCUCCAUGUUCAAAAGGAGGAUACCAUGAACUGAGAACACACCAGUAUGUUUGA